AUGAAGCAAAAUAUUGGACGGGUCGAAUUUUCUCAGUUCCCCAAUUUGUCACAGACAAGCUGCCAGGAAGACGACGUUUCAACUUACGAUCAACAUUUAAAUGCGCUCUAUUCAGAUUUUGAAUCUAGGUUUGAGGAUAUUUUGACUAUGGUAUUACCACCGUGGAUAAUUAAUCCAUAUGGUGACAUAGAAGAAACGAAUGUCAUAAUACAAGAAGAACUGACUGACCUAGGAACAAACGAAGAACUUAAGGUUCAGUUUAAAAACGGAUAUCAGCAAUUCUGGCUGCAAAACAACACACCCGUUACUUAUCCCGUAUAA